AUGAACCGCCAGCCUGCUUUCUCCGUGGCCGAGUUCAACGAGCUCGUCUGCUCGACACUCGAUCGCGUCCCGCCGCCGGACCUGUCCUUCUCGGUGCCGCUUCAAACAAGACGGGACAACUCCCGGUCGACCCUAGAUCUGUUUCGGAGGUCCAACUCGCGAUCGCAAACCCGCGCGGAGAGGGCGGCGCCCAACCCGACCGCCACGCCGGAGCCGCCCCGCCCCAAGCAUGCGCGCACGCGCACCAACUCGCUGCCGAAGUCGUUUUUUGACAUAUCGCCAGACGCCAAGGCGACGGCUGCGCAGGCCGUCCACCACCAGGAGAACACCCGCUCUUUCUUCGAUCAGAGGCAAGCGCUCGAUUUCGCGCGCUCGCUCCCCCACGCCCGGCCUUUCCAGUCUCUUCUCGCUGCCUUUCAAACUUGGCGCGUCACCGGGCGGCGCCUCCAGCCGGAGAGGACUGAGCCCUCUUCCGACACCCAUCAGAGCCUCAUUCGCGGAUGA